GUACAUAAUAUAAAGAUGUGCAGACUUCAACUAUUUCAUCAGUAGUAGUUUCAUUGAAUUUAUGAAUGAUAACGCGCAGUAUAGCUGAAUAAAAGUUUAUACCUACCUAUAUAAUUACGUAUACCUAACUGCGUAGUGGUGAAAAAUAAUUCUACAGAAGUUUAAAAGAUAUUUAUACUUACUUGGAAUGCGAUGGAAUUCAGUUCCUCAAGUACUCACACCGGGGUGUUGUUUGAAAACGACGUAGUUGGGGCAUCGAAUGGGCAGAUAACACAUUCUAAAUUAGCUAACAAUAAGGAAUACAAAAGAAAAUUGGUCUGGCGAAAUGUGGUCUUAUACGCGUACCUACAUUUAGCUGCUCUUUAUGGUGUAUAUUUAGCAUUGACUUCGGCUGAAUUAUUAACAAAUAUGUGGGCUUUCCUACUAUACGUAUGCGCCAAAAUAGGAAUUACUGCAGGUGCUCAUAGGCUGUGGUCGCAUAGAGCUUACAAAGCCAGAUGGCAGUUGAGAUUGAUAUUGAUAGUUUUCAACACCAUCGCAUUUGAGAAUUCUGUAUACGAAUGGGUUAGAGACCACAGAGUGCAUCAUAAAUAUUCGGAUACAAACGCUGAUCCUCAUAACGUCAAUCGAGGAUUCUUCUUCUCUCAUGUUGGAUGGGUUCUGUGUCGUAAACAUCCUGAUGUAAUUGAGAAAGGAAAACUAAAUGAUUUGUCCGAUCUGGAAGAAGAUCUGAUUGUUGCAUUUCAAAAAAAAUACUAUUCAAUCUUGAUGCCGCUUUUAUGUUUCAUUAUUCCCACCGUGGUACCGGUUUAUUUUUGGGGAGAGACUUGGCCGAAUGCUUGGUUCAUUGCGACCAUGUUCAGAUAUGCAUUUUCCUUCAAUACUACUGCGCUAGUGAACAGCGUCGCACAUAUGUGGGGAAAUAGGCCAUACGAUGGAAGCAUUAAUCCAGUUCAGAGUAAGAGCAUAGCAGUGCUAACUUUAGGCGAAGGAUGGCACAAUUAUCAUCAUGUUUUUCCAUGGGAUUACAAGACAGCAGAAUUGGGAGACUACUCGUUCAACACGACGACUGCAUUUAUCGAUUUUUUUGCUAAGAUCGGAUGGGCUUACGAUUUGAAAACUGUCUCCGCUGAAACGAUCAAGAAAAGAGCUCAAAGAACUGGAGAUGGCAGUCAUCCAGUUUGGGGAUGGGGUGAUAAAGAUAUUCCAAAACAAGACAUCGAUGAGGCGGUAGUAAUCAACAAGAAAGAUGAAUAAAUAAAAUGCACAGGCGUUCAAACCAAAGGAUGUGCUGAGAAUGGGCUCAAAAAGUUGAUGAUGAAACAGUGGCCCGCGAUAAAAAAAGAAGUAUCGCGAAUUCAGAUCGAAUCCACAGUUCCACACCCUUUGAGGUAACAUCCCAUCACAAAAAAUGUGGGUCUUAAAGCCAAAGAGAGGCGCAGCUAUUUCUCAUUUCUUCAGAAAAAAAUGAAAUGGCUCGCGCUACCUGAUUUUGCUAUCGAUAUAUUUUAAACAUUUUUAUGAAAAACUAGAUUUAUUCUACAAUUCAAAAACUGCGGGAGUAUUUGUAUAGGAUUUUUCAAAAUGUCGGCAGUAGAGAAAUUUCAAUUCGGAUGGGUAAUUGUUGAGUAAUUGCAAUUUUAGUUCAUUAUUUUAAUGCAUUAAAUCCUAAAAAAGGGGAAAAGGGGACUUGUAGAACACCUGCCGCUCAUUGUACCCUGCUAUACCCCCAGUCUAUUCUAUCACCAGCUGUGUUUCAUUGUACCCUGUUACACCCCCGGUCUGUUAGCUGUAAAUUCCAAGUGGGAGUGGUUUGGUAGGGCGUUUACCAAACAAAUAUGAGAGGGGUUUUGCGAUAAGGGCCCUUGUGGUGAUAUUUCGAUUUUUUCAGGAGAGAAAAAACAUCGAAUUGCUUCGAUUUUUUCGUUUUUUUUUUUUUUUUUUUUGAUUUUUGGAUGCAGUGUUGUCUUGCGCAUAGGUUGGAAGUGAAAUUUUGACGAAAUUCGUUCAUCAUCGCCUGAUAUCCCUGAUUUAGAAAAGGGACCUUGUGGUGCACAGCCGAAUUUACACAACGUUAUAGACUACCCCGCAAAAAAAUACGGAGAAAUUCGGAUUCGCCAUGAAAUUUUACGUAGGUAACAACAAUAAAAUAAUUUUUCCAUCGACCUUUUUUUCUUUUUUUUUAAAAAUUAAAAACCAACAAAAACUUUGUUUUUUGAUUUCCCAAAAAUGUGAGUUUUUGAGUAUUCAUGUUCAAGUAAUUUUUACACGAGAAGUUGAUGAGAUAGGCGAAAUCUGAUUGCACCAUUCGAUUUCUCGUGAAAAAGUAAGUCGUAAUCGUCAAUAAAAAAAAAAAACAUCGAAUCACCACAAGGACCCAUUUCGCGAAACGCCUCUCAUAUAUUAUUUUAAUGCCCUAACCAUCGUAGUAAAUUCGUGGCUGAGUGGUUAGGGCAUGUAGGUAGGAAUAGGAAAUUUAGGGACCCAGGUUCGAAUCCCCAUGAGGUACGAGGUAUAGUCACAAAGUAAGUUUCACAUUUUUAAAAAAAAUAGAAGGCGUGAAUAUUUUUUGACCAAAAUUGGAGGGGACCUAGUUCAAACAUUCGACCAGAUCUGACAAAAUUUAUUUUGCAUUUGGGUGCAUUGUUCGUAUUUCACAGCGUGAUUAGUAAAGUGCUGAUAAAAAAAUGCCGUCCAAAAAUUAUAUUUCAGAAAAAAUGAAUUUUUCAACCUAACAAAAUAAAAAUUCAUCGGAAAAUUGAUUGAGAACCACUCAAAACAUAACAUACUAACAUUAUUUUGAUUCAAUCAAAAUCCAAAUCAAGUAAAUUGUUCAGUGAUAAUCUGCUGAAUGUCGGCAUUGUUGAGAGUCACUCAGCACCAAAAAUUUUGCAACCAUCACAUGAACAAAUUACAGCGCCAAAUCACAUCUUAACUUGAAAUAAGAUUACUAUGAUACGUUUUGAGUAAUUUUUGAUAAAUUUUAGUCAUAUUAUUACAACUACAAAUUUUUUUUUGUGGCCAAAUACCACAUUUGGACGGCACUUUUCUAUCAGCACUUUACUAAUCACGCUGUGAAAUACGAACAACGCACCCAAAUGCAAAAUAAAUUUUGUCAGAUCUGGUCGAAUGUUUGAACUACAUCCCCUCCAAUUUUGGUCAAAAAAUAUCCACGCCUUCUAUUUUAAAAAAAAAUGUGAAACUUACUUUAUGACUAUACCUCGUAAGUAGG